AUGGCCGAGGUCUACUUCGGAAACACCAAGGCUGCUGAGAUUUGCGACUCGCAGGACAACUAUUCGAGCGCGUACGUGGGCAGCAAGGCGUUCAUUUCCUGCCCCACUGGAUACACUGGCUUCAUCUAUCGUAACUACGUGUCGACGCCAACGGGCAACCAGCUGGAGGAAGAAGAGGACAACCAGUGCACGCUGCUGCCUCCUAUCGCUGUGGUCUACGGCAUUAACAACCAAGUGACGAUCAUCUACCAGAAGGAGCAGUCCUUCGAGCCCACGGUCAGCGGAUCGGUCGAUUCCUACAGCGUGGCUCCCGAGCUGCCUGCCGAUCUGACGCUCGAUCCCACCACUGGAGUGAUUUCCGGAGCUUUGCAGAGCACGCAGACUGGAAACAAGUACACCAUCACGGCGACCAACUCGGCUGGAUCGCUGCAGACCGAGAUUUCUCUCACCUCGAUCGUUGUGAACUGCGAGGCCACGGCUGAGUAUCUGGCCACGAACCACGGCGAGUACUCGGUGGCUGUGUGUCCUGAGUACUACACGGGUUACGCGAUGGCUCGCUGCAUGGGAGGCGAGUUCGAGGAGCCCAGUCUGGAGCACUGCACGCCGCGUCUGAGCGAUUUCUUCACCUACGGAGUGAACUCGAUCGUGCUGAAGACGAACCAGGAACUGACCCCGAUCUCUCUGCUGACGGACGGAGCGUUCCCUUCGAUCUCGUGCAACAAGGAUCUACCGGAGGGUCUGGUGCUGGGUGAGGACGGAACCAUCUCGGGUACGCCCACUGUGGCUUCGCCUGCUGCCGAUUAUGAGAUUACCGGAACCAACAGCGCGGAAUCCAAGUCGGUGACGAUCAGCAUCACGGUGGAAGAUAAUGGCUGCGAGGCUCUGGACGAGUUCCCUGCUGCAAUGAACGGAGCGACCUCGGAGGCUGCUAUGUGUCCUGAAGGUUAUUCGGGCAUGGCGACGCGUGAGUGUGUCGAUGGCGUGUUCCAGCCCAUCAACUACGAGGGAUGCACGCUGCUGGCUCCUUCCAGCUUCUCCUAUUCGCCCGCUUCGAUGAGCCGCGAGUCGCUGGAAGCGAUCCGCAUCGAGCCCUCUGUGUCGAACAAGGUGGACGUGUUCUCGUGCCCCUCGCUCCCCAGUGGUCUGCAGCUGCUGGACAACGGAGUGAUCGCCGGAUCGAUCAAGGAGGCGGACACCUACACCUUCACUGUGACUGCGAGCAACGACGCGGGCACCGCCCAGGCGACCGUGACCAUCACGGUCACGCCGAUUGGCUGCUCGGGAGUGGAGGGAAUCUCGCUGGCUGACGGAGAGCACUACGAAGAGCCCUGCCCCGAGAACUACCACGGUGUGGCGUAUCGUACUUGCAGCAAUGGCGAACUGUCGAUUCUGAAGAUGGACGAGUGCGUGCUGGACUUGCCGACCAAUCUGGAUUACAAGGAGAAGGAGAUCGUGGUUACCACCAACGUGAACUACGAGGGAUUGAGCGCUAUGCACAACGGAACGGUGGAGUCGUUCACGAUUUCGCCGGAAUUGCCCGAGGGAAUGGGCAUUGCCUCGGAUUCGGGUGCUAUCUAUGGAACCUCGGAGACGGCUUUGGAUCGCACGGAGUUCGUGGUGACUGCGAGCAACUCUGCUGGCAGCGCCAACGUGACGAUCUUCCUCACUGUGGAGGUGCCUCACUGCCCGGCGAUGGCCGAUUUCCCGCGAACCGCCGCGAGCGAGAGCUAUUCGUACGAUUGCACGCUGAUCUCUGGCUACAAGGGAGUGAGCGAGCGAACGUGCGUGUUGAACGAGGACAAGGCUUCGGCUACGUGGUCGAUUCCGACUUCGUAUUGUGUGGAGGAUAAGCUGGAUCUGUACUUCUUGAUCGGAAUUGUUCUGGUCAUCAUCGGUGUGGUUCUGCUGAUUCUCGGCAUUCUCUUCAUGGUCAAAAGAGACAGAAAGACCCUGCCUAAGAAGCCUGCUUCCAAGACUACUUUCUACUUGCCUUUCCUCCAGUUCCACUUACUUCUAUUAGAUUGUAACUGUGUGUUUAAUGAAUAG